GCAUCAGCACGUCUCCCAAGUCCGUACCACUACGAGCAGCGGCAGCAGCAGCAGCAGAGGCAGCGGCGCUUUCUCCUUCUCUAACCUAAACAAUGACUCCUACUACGGACCGGAGGAAAGCACACCAAUAGAUAAUGCGUUACGCGGACCCCGAGCCCUGCUCUUCGCUGCUAUUCCGACCUCUCACGUAAAUGCACCCACCGUAACCAUGUGGAUACCUACAGAGCAUGAAAAAUACGGCGUCGUGCUGGCCAGUUUCCGAGGGACCGUCCAGCAUGGCCUCCCGCUGGAAAUCGGAGACACGGUGCAGAUCCUGGAGAAAUGUGAAGGAUGGUUCAGAGGAUUCAUCCUGAAGAAUCCAAAUGUCAAGGGGAUCUUUCCCUCCAGCUACAUCCACCUGAAGAAUGCCCACAUCAAGAACAAAGGGCAAUUCGAGACGGUCAUCCCCGUCGAAGACUCCGUUAUCACAGAGAUGACGUCAACGCUGCGAGACUGGGGUGCCAUGUGGAAGCAGCUCUAUGUGAAGAAUGAGGGGGAUUUGUUCCACCGGCUUUGGCACGUGAUGAAUGAAAUCUUGGACCUGAGGAGGCAGGUGCUGGUGGGCCACCUCACUCACGACCGGAUGAGGGACGUGAAGCAGCACAUUACGGCGAGAUUGGACUGGGGCAACGAGCAACUUGGCCUGGACCUGGUCCCGAGGCGAGAGUUCAGCAUGGUGGACCCGGAUGAAAUCAGCGUCACGGAGCUCUACAGGCUGAUGGAGCAUCGGCAUCGCAAGAAGGAGACCCCUGCGCCCGCCAGCACCCACCACUUGUUCGUGCAUGUGAAGAGCCUGAUGAGUGCCAAUCUGGGGGAGGAGCUAGAAGUCUUCUUUCACAUUUACGAUGGACGGGAGAACCGGCCGCUCAGUGAAAGGUUCUUUGUCAGGCUGAAUAAGAGCGGGUUGCCCAAGUCGCCAGAGAAGACAGAAAGACAAUGCACGCUGUUUGUGGAUUUGGGAAGCAGUGAUCUGCGGAAAGACGUCUACAUCGUUGUGCACAUCAUAAGAAUAGGGAGGAUGGGAGCGGGAGAGAAGAAGAAUCUGUGCAGCGUACAGUACAGGCGGCCGUUCGGCUGCGCUGUCGUCAGCAUUGCUGAUCUCCUCACUGCUGACUCCAAGGAUGACCACCUGCUCAAGGUUUAUGCGUGUAACACUGAGAGCGAAUGGUAUCAAAUCCAUGAGAACAUCAUCAAAAAGGCCAGUUCCAGGUACAACCUGUCCGGAUCCAACACAGGCUUGGCAGUGGCCCUCCAGCUCCUCCACGGGGACAUAGAGCAGCUGAGGCGGGAGUACAUGGUCCUCUUCACGCGCGGCGUGUCCAUCACCAGGAAGCUGGGCUUCUCUGACGUCAUCAUGCCAGGAGAGAUGAGGAACGACCUUUACGUCACGCUGGAGAAAGGAGAGUUCGAGAAGGGCGGGAAGAGCGUAGCGAGGAACGUGGAGAUCACCGUGUAUGUGCUGGACAUCGACGGACAGAUCCUCAGGAGUCACGUGGCUGCCGGCUCGGGGGAACCAGGUGGCGACGAGUACCACUCCCUGGUGCUGUACCACAACAACAGUCCCCGCUGGGCGGAGCAGAUCAAGCUGCCCAUCCCCGUCGACAUGUUCCGGGGGUCGCACGUCCGCUUCGAGUUCCGACACUGCUCCACUAAAGACAAAGGAGAGAAGAAACUGUUUGGCUACUCCUUUGUUCCUCUGAUGCAGGAGGAUGGCAGGACUCUGCCAGAUGGCACACAUGAGCUCAUUAUCCAUAAGUGUGAAGAAAACACCAACUUGGCUGACUGUUCGCGCUACCUGAAGCUGCCGUUCUCCAAGGCCAACCUCCCGUCCAACAAUCAGACGCUGAAAGGCACCAAGGAGUCUUUCUGGAUCACCAGCUUCCUCUGCUCCACCAAGCUCACACAAAACGGCGAUAUGCUGGACCUGCUGAAGUGGCGAGCCCACCCCGAGAGGAUCAACGACAGCCUCUCCAAGCUGAAGGAGAUCGAUGGCUCGGAGAUUGUCAAAUUUCUACAGGACACUUUGGACACUCUCUUUGGUAUUUUGGACGAAAGCUCCCAGAGAUACGGCCUCAAAGUGUUCGACUCGCUGGUCCAUAUCAUCAACCUCCUCCAGGACAGUAAAUUCCAGCAUUUUAAACCAGUCAUGGACACGUACAUCGAGAGCCACUUUGCCGGAGCUUUGUCCUACAGGGACCUGAUCAAAGUCCUGAAGUGGUACGUGGACCGCAUUGUUGAUGCGGAGCAUCAGGAUUACAUGCAGCAGGUGCUCAAGGCCAGCGAGUACAUCUUCAAGUACAUCAUCCAGUCUCGCCGGCUCUUCUCGUUGGCCACGGGGGGCCAGAACGAGGAGGAGUUCAGAGUCUGCAUCCACGAGCUCUUCAUGUCCAUCCGCUUCUUCCUGUCGCGGGAAAACAAGGGCAUCAGCCCCGUCGCGCAGACGCAGGCGGUCUUCCUGCGAACCUUCCCCGCGGUUUACGGCGAGCUGCUGAAGAUCUUCACGGUGCGGGAGGUGGCCGGUUUCGUCAGGGAGACGCUGGGCAGCCUGCCCACCACUGUCCACGCUGACUGCCCCCUGGAGGCCGUCAAGCUGCAGUGCAUUGCCAAGACCGUGGAAAGCCAGCUUUACAUUAACCCGGAAUCGCGGUGCAUCCUGUUGCCGGUGGUGCUCCGAGUCCUCCAGGCCCACAUGCAGGAGCAGAGAGACCUGGUCAUGUGCGCCCGCAUCCUCACCAGCAUGCUGUCCCUCAUCAAGAAGGAGGAAACCGGCUCCGCGGAGCCCGUCGUGUCCGAGGAAGUGGACCUAAUUGUGGAAAGCCUGCUGGGAGUUUUGCUGCGAACCAUCUUGGAAAUCAGCAACCGGCCCCAGCCUGCUGGACCCAACAUGAGACUUCAGUUCCAGGAUGUGACUGGAGAGUUUGUGGCAUGUUUACUGGCCCUCCUGCGACAGAUGAGUGACAGGCACUACCAGCAGCUGCUGCAGGCGUUCAGCAGCAAGGACGACCUGAGGGACUUCCUGCUUCAUAUCUUCACAGUCUUCAGGAUCCUAAUCAGACCGGAAAUGUUUCCCAAAGACUGGACUGUCAUGCGACUGGUCACAAACAAUGUCAUCAUCACAACCGUCCUUUACCUUUCCGACGCUCUGAGGAAGAACUUUCUCAACGACAAGUUUGACUACAAGGUGUGGGACUCGUACUUCUACCUAUCGGUGAUAUUUAUCAACCAGCCCUGUCUUCAGCUGGAGUCCUUCUCUCCUUCCAAGAGGAAGAAGAUACUGGAGAAGUAUGGAGACAUGAGGGUGAUGAUGGGCUGUGAGAUCUUCAGCAUGUGGCAGAAUUUAGGGGAGCAUAAGCUGAACUUCAUUCCUGCGAUGAUUGGGCCGUUCCUGGAGGUGACGCUGGUGCCGCAACCUGAUCUGAGGAAUGUCAUGAUCCCCAUCUUCCAUGACAUGAUGGACUGGGAGCAGAGACGCAGCGGCAAUUUCAAACAGGUGGAGGCCAAGCUGAUUGACAAGCUGGACAGCCUGAUGUCUGAAGGCAAAGGAGAUGAGACGUACAGGGAGCUCUUCAACAGCAUAAUUCCUCUGUUUGGUCCGUACCCUAGCCUGCUGAAGAAGAUCGAGAGAGAGACCUGGAGGGAGAGUGGGAUCUCUCUGAUCGCUACCGUUACCCGCUUAAUGGAGAGGCUGCUGGACUACAGGGAUUGUAUGAAGCUGGGAGAAGUGGAUGGCAAAAAGAUUGGAUGCACUGUCAGUUUGCUGAACUUCUACAAAACCGAGCUGAACAAGGAGGAGAUGUACAUCCGCUACAUUCACAAACUCUACGACCUGCACUUGAAAGCUCAGAACUACACAGAGGCGUCGUACACCCUGCUGCUGUACGAUGAGUUAUUGGAAUGGUCGGACAGGCCGCUCAGAGAGUUCCUCAACUAUCCCAUGCAGAGCGAGUGGCAAAGAAAAGAGUAUUUGCAUCUCACUAUUGUCCAGAACUUCGACAGGGGGAAGUGCUGGGAGAACGGCAUCAUCCUUUGCAGAGAACUCGCCGACCAAUACGAGUCCUACUACGACUACAGGAACUUGAGCAAAAUGAGGAUGAUGGAAGCAUCUCUUUAUGACAAGAUCAUGGACCAGCAAAGACUAGAACCUGAAUUCUUCAGAGUCGGUUUCUAUGGGAAGAAGUUUCCUUUCUUCUUGCGGAACAAGGAGUUUGUGUGCCGCGGCCAUGACUACGAGAGGCUGGAGGCUUUCCAGCAGCGGAUGCUCAACGAGUUCCCCCACGCCAUCGCCAUGCAGCACGUCAACCAGCCGGACCAGACCAUAUACCAGGCAGAUGCGCAGUACCUGCAGAUCUACGCUGUCACUCCGAUCCCAGAGAGUCAGGAUGUGCUGCAGAGAGACGGGGUGCCUGACAACAUCAAAAGCUUCUACAAGUUUAAUCACAUUUGGAGGUUCAGAUACGACCGGCCCUUUCACAAGGGCACCAAAGACAAGGAGAACGAGUUUAAGAGCCUUUGGGUGGAGAGGACAACGCUGACUCUGGUCCAGAGCCUCCCAGGCAUCUCCCGUUGGUUCGAAGUGGAGAAGAGAGAGCUGGUGGAGGUGAGCCCGCUGGAGAACGCCAUUGAGGUGAUCGAGAACAAGAACUUACAGUUGCGCACGCUGAUCACCCAGUGUCAGAGCCGGCAGAUGCAGAACAUCAACCCCCUCACCAUGUGCCUCAACGGGGUCAUCGACGCCGCUGUCAACGGGGGGCUGGCCCGCUACCAAGAGGCCUUUUUCGUGAAGGACUACAUUAUGAAUCACCCCGAAGAUGGCGAGAAGAUUGGGCGACUAAGAGAACUCAUGUUUGAACAGGCACAUAUCUUGGAGUAUGGCCUUGCUGUGCACGAGAAGUUUGUUCCCCAAGACAUGAGACCCCUCCACAAGAAGCUUGUGGACCAGUUCCAUCUCAUGAAAUCCAGCCUGGGCAUACAGGAGUUCCCGGCUUAUGUGCGUGCGAGUCCAGUCCACUUCACCAACGGAAGCCCGCGCACAUGCAGGAACUCGGUACCUAGCAUCAUUAGCCCAGACGGUGGCAGAGGAGUCACCAGGCGGAGCUACCCUGCGGUGAACCGCUACUCCUCGUCCUCUCUGUCGUCUCAAGCCUCCAACGAAGUCAGUAACAUCACAGGGCAGUCGGAGAGCUCGGAUGAAGUCUUCAACAUGCAGCCCAGCCCGUCUACCUCGAGCCUCAGCUCCAACCAUUCUGCCUCGCCCAACGUCACCAGCUCAGCCCCCUCCAGCGCCAGAGGUUCACCUCAAAUGGCAGAGAAACACAAGCAUUCCAGAGAAAACGCCUGCCUGUCUCCGCGGGAGAGGCCGGUCAGUGCCAUCUUCCCCAACCCACUUGACCCGUCUCAGAGGGCUCCCUCUCAUCAGAUAGGCGACACCACUCUACCAAGGAGUGACCCCAACCUCUCAGCACCGGAUAAAGUGAGACCCACCCCCAGUAGUUGGAGCCUAGACAGUGUCAAAGAGGGCGCCCCAUCCUUCUCUGACUCUGUCGGCAAAUUGCUAUGCCCUCCUGUCCCUCCUAGGCCACCGUACUCAGCAGGCUCUUCGGCUAAAAACAUGAGGUCGCAGUCUCCCGCCCCGACGUCCAGAUCGCCGCAGAAGUCCACAGUGCCACCUUUCACUCCUUCUCCCACUGAGUGCCAGUCUGCCAGCCUGGUCUCCAACUCCCCCGUCCUGUCCGGCAGCUACAGCAGCGGCAUCUCCUCCCUCAGUCGCUGUAGCGUGUCAGAAGCUUCUGGCACCGAGCUGCCCUCUGGUGACCAUCCUCCCCACCCGCUGCCCCCGCCCACCACCUUGCCAAACUCCAUCUCCAGCAGCUCGGACGAGCCGAUCCGCAGAGAGAACAAGACGCCGCCGCCCUACAGCGUGUACGAGAGAAACAACCCCCGCAGGCCUGUGCCGUUGCCCCACAGCCUGUCCAUUCCCCCGCAGACGGACCCCCCGGCCCUGCCGCCCAAGCCUCACCAGCUCCGCACAGGCAGCAUGAAGCUGGACGGGACCGCCGACCCUCGAGUCCCCAGGCCGAGGCCUCUGCCCAGGAAGGUUUCCCAGCUAUAGGUGCCGGUUUAGAAGGAGGUGGAAAAAAACAAAAAACAAACACACACUGGCGUAUUUUGCACUUUUCUACUUGGCACUCACUUUUUGUGUGAUCUUCAGUUUGGCAUUCCUGACCUACACUCCAAUAAAAGACCUCUAGAUUAACAAGCAGUCAAAGAACUGAAAAGAAAAAAAAAAACUGUCAGAUGAAGAUUUUGUAUUUACUAGAGGGCAUUGACUUUGACUCGGUCAUUCCGCACUUUUAGCUCUAGUACGUACAUUAGCUCACCACGGUCAGUCGUAACAUAUGUUUACCAGAACACUCUGAUAGAUGUAAUAAUCUCAAAUAUAUGUAUAUUGGUAUAUAUGAGAAUUGUUUUUGCCUUAAGUAUUGGAAACAGAGUCUUUUAUCUGUGAGUCUUGCACGUUUUUUUUUUUUUUUUUUGUUUUUAACAUCUCAGUAUAUUUGUAUACUGUACGGCUAAAAAAGGUGCUAGAGGCCUUGAGUAUGCAUUUAAGUGAAGUGUAGUAGACAAGGGUGUGUUCCCAUAGUGUUAACCACACAGGCAAUGGUACAGAAAUGUCCAAAUUUCAACUUUUUCUUACAGGAUGUCAAAAGUUUAAUUUGUGCGUUUUUCACACAGUUUCCGACCGUAGUUGGCCGUUUUUAGGCGGUUACGUAAAAUGUUUUUAAGCCACUACAAUGGCUGCAAUUUUGAGGUUAUUAAGGGUGUUAAUUUCAGCCAUUUAUGCUGAGCUCAGACUACAGGAGAUUUGGGCCAAUUUAUUCCAGUUCCUGACAGAGAAAUCCUGUGCUGAUGUCACUUGGUCCCAAGGUUCGGACCAGAAUAUUUACAGAUGCUUUUUGAGUUUUGUGCAGAUUUUGAAAAUCUGCCGUUUUAGCUUUUCAGCUAACAUUUGCUAACAUACUGCUGUGGACUGCGUCAAAACCUUCUGCUUUGUAUGACUUUAAAAUAGUCCCUUCUUUCUCUUUCUUUCUUUUUGAGGGAUUUGGUGGUUGGCAAACCAGCUUGCAGGCUCAUUACUGCCACCUAUCAGACUGGAGUGUGACUCAGUAUAACCACACAGCACAGCAGUCUCAUUUUGUUUACACCCUCCCUUGAGAGUCUGUGAUGUGUUGCAUUUUAUCAGGAAGGAUUUUAAGCUUCCUGUAGUCUGGGCCCAAGCUUUACCAAAAUUGGCCCCCGUUAACAAUGAGAUGAUUAGUGUGUUUGUGCAUCUGUAUGUAUAGAAACUGAAUUUGACUGCGACCAUUGCCGUAUGUGUGAACACACCCUAUUCCUCCUGCAUGAUGUACAUGACAACAGAUCUUUAUGGGGGGGUGGGUUAACAAGUAUUGUGCCAAAGGAAACUUAACAAUGUCCUGUAAAGAAAUAUUUACUUUUAUUUUCAAGGACCUGGGAUCAAGAAGCUUGAAAAUACUCGUCCCAAAAGGCAUUUUUUUUUUAUUACCUGAAUAUCCAAUUUAAUCUCUAACCAACUGAUCAGACGUAACUCUAGACAAGCACAAACAAAAAGAUUUCCUCAUCUGCAUUUUGACCAGUACUGUUAUUAUGAAGUCUUUAUUUGAUAGAAACCGUAAUUGGAAGAGAGAUUUACUGUCAGCAGUGACCUUAAAACACACAAGAACCGAUAUUCUGCUGGAGAAAUAUUUACAAACUAAUCAUUGUCAAAUAUUUGUACAGUUGAGAUUUGUUUUCUGUUUUAUUCAAAAGACGGACGUGUGUUGACUGCACUAUGAAUAGAUGCUUGGAUCAACGGCGCCGUGUUGCGCUGCUGCGGUGACGUAAAUGUUCUGUGGCAGGCAGAUUUCACACAGUUUUGUAAAAUAGAGGACUUUUUGGCAUAAAAUAUUCACCAAUAGAACAUUUCUUCGGGGGGUGGGAGCUGUGUGUGGGGCGGGGUAGCUUUAGUAUUGUUUGUAUGUUUGAUUUUUGUAUUUCUUGAUUUGUUGUGAAUUUUUGAGAUUAAAAUAUUCACAUUAAUCAGUACUUGAGAACCUGUAAAUUAUAUGAUGAGAUUAAUGUAAGUAUGCCAAAUAUAAAAAUUUGUGUAUUGCAAUUAAUGUAAAUAUGGUGUUUUUAACAAAAUGUAGCUAUAACAAUUUACAGCUUUGAAUGUAAUGUUGAAGCAGCAAAUUAUUAUUAUAAAUGUUCAAACUUUUAUGGUUUUGUGAGUGUAGAAAAACUAAGGUCAUGCAUAAUGACUCCUAACUCAUUUACAAGUUCAAUAAACUGCCCAAUGUAAUACAAA